AUGUCUUCUAAUGAAUAUCGUCCGUCAGCCAUAGAUGUUCAUGUUCGUCAUGCGGGACAUCAUCAUACGGGAAACAUCAAGUACGGUUACAUCACCUUGGGCACUUCUAUAGCCGUUGCUUUGAUCUUAGCGGUCUCCAACCAUUUCUACCUACACAAAUGGCAAAGAGAUGGCCAUCCGAGUCCCAAAUCGGUUUGGCGCAGAAUUGGACGUGUUCCCAUAUGGGCACACAUGGCAUUUUGGUCUGUGAUUGUUCUUGGGUUGAGUUUCUUCCACGUCAAGAAAUUGAGCGAAAACUAUAAUGUUGUUAUCAAGAGAUUGGGAAGAGUAGGUUACGCCCUAGUUCCCUUGGAUGUUUUGCUUGUAAUCAGACCAUCUUUAUUGGGAGGCUCAUAUUUGGACUACAUUUCGUUGCAUAAAUGGCUUCUGCGUCUCAUAGUGGUGGCAGUAGUUCUCCAUGGUAUCGGAUUCUUCACAAAGUGGUUGAUUGAAGGCACUUUCUGGACAAAGACGUUUCGGUGGGCUAAUUUUAUGGGUGUUAUAGUGGCUGUCAUAGGCGUAGUACUAGCGGUUGUCUCCAUUGGUCCUGUUCGCCGAAGAGUAUAUGGCAUUUUCUACAUUAUUCACAACGUUACAGUGGUGACGUUUUUGGUACUCAUUUGGUUGCAUGCCCGGCCGGGAGUAUUGGAUUUCGUUAUUUUAUUGUUAUCUAUGCUUGCUUUUCAAGUCUACCAGCGAUUGACACUCGUGCAUCAAAUUCCUCGAAUUACCAUCGUGGAUAAGGACACUGCCUCCCUUCGAGUAUUACAUCUCACCAAACCAAGCGAGUUUCCAACCCGCUGGUUUGCAGGGUCUCAUAUCCGUCUUGGAUAUGCUAAAUCUAAUUUCCGCUACUGGCUCCUCCCGGCUCAUCCAUAUACUUUGUGCUCGUUGCCAGCAGAUACAACCCUAGAUUUAGUGGUGAAAAAAGGUUUCAGGUUUCAGGUCUUUUCAUCGCUAGAAUAUACCGUGUCUAACCCUUUCCAGUCGAUUCCACCACCAUGUUUUCUAACGGCAGAAAACGUCAACGUUUUCUGUGGAGGUUCAGGUAUUUCUCUUGGAAUCCCUGUCGUGCGCUAUUUGAAGCACAGCUCCUCUGCCAAAGUUAAUUUAUUCUGGUGCAUAACCAACAAGGAGGACGCAUAUGUGUUGGAGGAGCUCAAGGUGACUCACAGGGUUGACGUGUAUGUGACAGGCAACAGCGAUACCAUGUUCUUGGGUUCACAGAACGAGGAGGACGAUGGUCUUCUCAAUCAGGUAGACGAUAUUGAGUUGGGUUCAUUGCUGGCAGAGUCCGCGUCGGAUCCCUUUGCCGAUUCACAAACUCUUGAUAAGAAUCUGGAUAUCGUUUUCCACCGGGGCAGGCCAGCGUUAGACCACAUUUUCAGCUCGUUUUCGGAAACCUCCGAACCUGCCAACAAGUGGAUCAUUGCCUGUGGUCCCGAGUCACUCAUUCAAGAUGCUAAGACAUGGUCGAAACUGCACGAUGUUCAGUUGUUUACUGAAUUGUAUGAUAUGUGA